AUGAAGAUGAUCAUCGUAAUAGGUCGAAUAUGCCCUAUCCGUACCUCGGCAGUUAUGCUGGCGGCGGUCAGCAGCGCCUCCGCGAGAGUCGCCGGCAAGAUGGGCGGCUAUUCAAACAAAAUGAGCGGCAAAUCUACAAGUGGCAUCAACGAAGAGAUUAUAUGGAUAAGCAUAAGCAUGGCGAUUGCUAUUGCUGUGCUCAUAGCUAUUGCUCUCUGCUAUAUUUUAAAGGAGAAAUGUACCAAGAAGCAAGCUUACAGGGAACAAUCA